UUCUUCGCGGCCCACGCCUUUAAAUAUGUUUCUUCGUUACUAGGGUUAAAUUUCUUUUUCUCCUUCCUCUCUUUAUCAUAGUUCUCAUUCCCUCUCUAAAUCUACGCCCUUUGAUCUUUGAUCAUGGCCACCUCUGAUCGUAUCCUUGCUAACUUUACUCCUCUGGAAAUUGCAAAUUCAAUGGAGAAUUUGUCUCUGGAUUCACAGGUCAAGACCACAAAAGUUCCCGAACCUGUCAAGAAGGAUCUUUACAGUGAUAAUGGCUCUUAUAUGUAUCCUCAAACAUAUGGUUAUAUGCCAUAUGGAGCGUACACUAUGCCGCUGCAAGAAUACUAUUAUCCAGAAAAUCCUUAUUAUCAACCACCUAUGCAAACUAGCCAAGCCGAUGCUUUUCAAGUGGAGGUUCCAAGUGCAGUUGAUCAAGCUUCUUUACCUGUUGAAACGAAUAAAGGAAACUUGAGCACUGUAGCAACUGGUAAUAGUGGAUCCGGGUCAUUAAAAUCAACUUUGAAGAGCUCUUCUCUAAAUCCGAAUGCUUUCUAUAAAGGAGGAGGAUUGUCAUCAGGUAAUCUAUCUCAAGGUUAUCCGGAUCCGAGAUUUAGCUAUGAUGGGGUUCAGUCACCGAUUCCUUGGUUAGAUAUGUCAAUGUCUUGUAAUGGACAAUCCGAACAUGCUGCAAAUGGUGGGUUUUCAUAUACAAGCAACCUUUCAUCUGGCAGGAAUCAGAACCUUCAUCCCUUCCCUCAUGUUAUGAAUUUGCACAAUGUAAGACCAUCAUCGGGUGUAGGCCAAGGAUAUGGAUACAUGUACCCUAACAACAUGGCCUACAGUCAUUACAGAGGUGGUUCGGGUUUUGGAUCAUAUGGCUAUGGUGCUCGAAAGAAAGGACUAGGUUGGUAUAAUGUUGGCAGCAACAACAAGUAUAGGUUCCAAGGUUAUGGAAAAGAGAAUAUGGAUGGUUUGAAUGAGCUAAACAGAGGGCCUAGAGUGAAAGGGUAUAAGAACAAGGAUGGUCUUGAAACAGCAACACUAGCCGUCAAGGAUCAAAACCUUCCACCUAUGGAGAAUAGUAAGGACAAUGGUGUUUCUCUUGUUCUAGAUAUGGAGCAGUAUAAUAAAGAAGAUUUCCCCGGAAGUUAUUCGGAUGCAAAGUUUUUUGUCAUUAAAUCCUAUAGUGAAGAUGAUGUGCACAAAAGCAUCAAAUACAAUGUGUGGGCCAGUACACCUAACGGAAACAGGAAACUUGAUGCAGCAUUUUGUGAGGCCAAGGAGAAGCCUGAUGGCUGCCCUAUAUUUCUAUUGUUCUCAGUUAAUACCAGUGGACAAUUUGUCGGAUUAGCUGAGAUGGUAGGUGCCGUUGAUUUUAACAGAACUGUUGAAUACUGGCAACAAGACAAGUGGACUGGUUGCUUCCCUGUGAAAUGGCAUAUUGUUAAGGAUGUCCCGAACACUUCACUGAGGCACAUAACUCUUAAGAACAAUGAGAAUAAACCUGUAACUAAUAGCAGGGAUACCCAGGAGGUUAAUUUCGAGCAAGGGAUGCAAAUUCUUAAAAUCUUCAAGGACCAUUCCAGCAAGACAUGCAUCCUUGAUGACUUUGAAUUUUACGAGGCUCGUCAAAAGAUGAUCCAGGAGAGGAAGGCUAAGCAUCAGCUGUUACAAAAACAAGUUCUGAGUGGGGAACCUAAAGGAGAAAACCCAGCAAUGGCAAAGGAGACAUUGGAAAAACCUGUCGAGGCAGCCUUGACAGAACGAACGGCAACAGCAGAAGCAGUAAAUGCAACGAACAGAGACGCAAAACCCAUUGAAGAGAAAGGAUCAGUUGCUGCAACUGAAGACAGCUCUCAAUGAAACCAGGUUGUUUUCGAUAGUCGGCUUUGGUAGAAAUGGGAUAGGAUUGUACUUUUUGAUUGGUUAAUUCUAGUUGCUAGAUAGUGUGAUCAUAUCAUAUUUAGCUUAUUUUGAGUCAAUUUUAUGAGGUGAGAGACUGGUAGGCAAAACACCUUUUUUUUUUUGAAAGUGUUCUAUCAUUUAUGUACGAGGCUAUGGGCAGAAUGCCAGAAAUGUGACUGCUCAAUAGCCUCUUGAGCUUUUUUGUUUUAAUCAUUUUGAUCUGUUUUCCCCUUUUUUUUUAAUGAGAAAUGAGUUGAGGGAAAAGAAUUUGCCCUGAGUGGAAAAUUUUUGCUCCUA